CAACUGCAAACAGGAGAAACCCGAAACAAAGAUGGCGGAGGAACCCACGCCGGUGCAUCGUUCCCGCGGGUGCACCGUCGAGGAAUGUCAAAACAUGAUUCAAAGAAGUCUACAAACUCCAAUGGUUAAGUUCUUGAAGAGACAGAUGGAGAAAGCUGGGUGUGUGGUUGGAGACAAGUUCAUCAAGGCAAUUCAUUGUGAUCAAAAUAUUAGUGGAGGUUAUUGUCAAGGGGAAGGGAUAACUGUCUGUAGCAACGAGGUGAGUAUGCAAGAUGAGGUUAAUCGUGUGAUAUUACAUGAGUUGAUUCAUGCAUAUGAUGAAUGUCGCUCUGCAAAUUUGGACUGGUGUAAUUGUGCACAUCAUGCCUGUAGUGAGAUUCGUGCUAAUCGUCUUAGUGGUGAUUGCCACUACAAGCAGGAAUUGCUGAGGGGUUAUUUGAAGAUAAGAGGCCAUGAACAAGAAUGCAUUAAGAGGAGAGCUAUGAAAUCGGUCACCAGUAACCCCUUCUGCUCAGAAGCUGCUGCGAAGGAUGCUGUUGAGGCUGUAUGGGACGUCUGUUACAAUGAUACUCAACCGUUUGACAGAGCUCCUUGAGACAUACAAUGGCAAUUUGCUGGUCCCAAAGCUAUUGUAUUUUUAAUUUCAUUUUAUUUCUCAAAUUAUUUCUAAAAUUUUGAAGGAUUGGGAAUAUUCUCAGUUCUUGUGUUGCAUAUGAUAGGAAUAAGAAUUAUUGAUUUGUCAUGUUCAUGUCAAUAAUCUUCCCUCUCUUGAGGAUGACAGAGAGAAAUUGUAUGAUUUCUGAGUUUUAUUAUGCUAGUUAUAAACCAAUUCUGAGACAAAUUGGAUAAUGAAAUUGUUUUGUGUUGGUUUUCCAAAGGCAGCAUUUUUUGGUUAUUAUUCUGUUGUUACUAUUCUAAUUUGGUUGGUUACACGGAUGUUGUUCCUUUUCAAGUAAUUUGAUGAAUUAUAUGUAGAUAAGAUGUUCUUGAGAAAUGCGUUUUUUUUAGGUCACCAGUCCUGAAAAGUGAGUUUACUGGGCAAAUCUAAUAUGUUCUUUAAUGAGUUACACAUUAAUGUAAUCCUAUUAUGAUUAAUCUCUGCCUGAAUCAUCUGCAUUCAUGUUGUUGCUUGCUUUUUCUUCUGAAAAAGACAACAGCUGGCUGAAUUUUGUGGGGCGACCAAGCGUUGAAGGGUGAGGUAAUCCAUGAUGUUCAAUUUCAUUUUAGUUGCAGGCAGUUUCAGGCUAGGGAAAAUUAUUUUUACUAUUAUUCAGUUAAUGGUCUAGGACUC